AUGUUGGAAAGUGAGCGUGAGAAAUACGUGGAACUCAACCUGAAAUACAACAAAUACUUCCUGCCCAUUCAAUGGUGCUACUCGUUGCUUUACGAGGCUCGUGCUCAAGGGAAAAUCGGUGCGGACGUGAUGUUGAACGAGUUGAUCAAAAGUGUGGGCGAUUUUCGUCGAGGUCUAGGACAGUUGUGUAAUUUCGAUUGGGUUCCGAUUCCGUUGGUGUAUCCACAGGUAGUCUUCCUGGCAGUCCGUAUCUAUUUCUUCCUCUGUCUCAUCGCCCGUCAAUCCGUGCUAAUCGACGGUGAGCCACCGAAAGACGCGUCGCCCGUCUACCCAUUCGUCCCCUUUCUCAUGACAUCUCUCCAAUUCAUUUUCUACGUCGGAUGGAUGAAAGUCGCCGAAAGUUUGAUGAAUCCGUUGGGAGAGGAUGAUGACGAUUUCGAGUGCAACUUCUUGUUGGAUAGAAAUUUGGCAACUGGCCUUGCCAUCGUCGACGACUGCUACAAUGACUCUCCACCCCUUCAAAAGGAUAUCUUCUGGAGUGCCGAGACAGUGGAACCCCUCUACUCAGCCGACACUGCAAACAUGCAUCUGAAUCCUCAAAUCGGAUCCGCUGCAGCUUAUGAAACCCGCGAAAACGAGAUCAUAAUGAAGCCUCACGCGGAUGCGGUCGACGAUUUCGAGGAUGGUGGAGAUGACGUGGAGGAGUGUAAUCCACGACGACUGCCACGUGGAAUCUCUGUGGUGUCUGUGAACAGAAAUUGUGAGAGUCGUACGAGUCUCGUCAGUCGACGGAAUAAUCAGGGACCGACGAUAAUGGAGAGAUUGAGGAGUCAGUUUGGAGGAUCGAAAGUGAAUCGACCGGGAAAACUGUUCGGAAGCUCACAGUUUUCGAUUAAUACGGCGAUGGGUGAUAACGACAUUGGCAGUUGCGCAAGUAUUCUCGGCGAACUCGUCGACGAUGCGAACAAAGCCGCCCAAGCGGGUCUCCUGACUCCAGAAGAGAUGGCCUCCUCUCCACGUCGAACACCAAUCGACGUGCUGACAUCGGUUCCAGAAGAAGAUGAAGACGCACAGAAGACACGGACAUCGGUGGAUUUAAGGAAAUGGAAGGAGAUGGUGGAUAACGAGAGACGAAAGGAAGAAGAGGAGAAGAGACGGAAAUUGUCGAGGAAGGAAGAGGAGAAGGAGGAGGAUUUGACGGAUGGGAAGGAUGGAGAUGAUAAGGAAUUGAAAUAA